AUGGAGGGGAGGUCGAUGGAGUCGGGGCUGAGGAAGCAAGGCCGCUCCUUCUUCAUCUCCAUGCAAGAAAGCUGGCGAUACAUGAAGGCCAUCUUCACCGGCCAGGUGCAAUCUCGUUGCCCCGGUAUAUACGUCUAUCAUCCAUCUGUCCGUGUUCUGUGAGGCGUUACGUUCAUCUCUCUCUCUCUCUCUCUCUCUCUGUGGACAGCUGAGAAAGGCCAGGGCUAGGACCGAAAAGGAGGCCAGCGAAGCGGACCUGCAGACGGCGAAGGCCCAGGUGGAGGCAGCGGAUGCAGCGGAAGAGAAAAAGAAGCAGCUGGGAAUAUAG